AUGGGCCCCUCUCAGGCUGCAAUUGUAGGAGGUUUAGUCCUGCAGUCUCCUUGUGAAGAACAGUGGGGCUGUAUGUUUGCGUUCAGGGACUCGGGGCCUCCUGUUCGUCAUGCUGAUCUCGUCCCUGUCCUGCCAGUGUGCCUGGUGAAUGAAACCUUGUCUUCAUUUUUCUCUAAUCAAGCAGCUGCUCUCCAGAGCCCUCCCUUGGCAUCUAUUCAAGACUGCUACGUGUCAGUCAGGAGGAGGAAGCGUUGUGAAAAUCUAAGUUAUCCAAGCUUGGCAGCAUUUCAUGCGCGUUUUCUCGAGGGUCUGCCCGAAUACCACGUGGUGGGGCCUGUCCAGGUAGAUGCCAGUGGGCAUUUCCUGUCCUAUGACCUGCACCACCCCACCACCGGUGGCCGGAGGAAGAGAGACUUGGACGAUUCAGAUGACCGGGUGUAUUACAGAAUUUCACAUGAGGAGAAGGACCUGUUUUUUAACUUGACAGUGCAUAAGGAGUUUCUUUCCAACAACUACAUUGUGGAGAAGAGAUAUGGGAACCUCUCCCAUGUACAGAUCGUGGCUCCCGUGGGGCCCCGCUGCCAUCUCAGGGGCACGAUUGUACAGCAGGGCACCACGGUUGGGACAGCAGCCCUCAGUGCUUGUCAUGGACUGGUUGGAUCAUUUCACCUGCCACAUGGAGACUUUUUCAUUGAGCCUGUUAAAAACUUGUCACUGGCUAUUGGCAGUUCCCACCCACACGUGGUUUACAAGAGGCCGAGAGUUCCAGAGGCGAAGGAGUCAGCCUGUGGAUUAAUGGACAGUCUUGGCAGUGCUGAGAAGCAAGAACUCCAGCGAGAACGGUGGGAGAGAAGUAGUGGGCCGAGCAGAAGCAGAAGCCUCUCCCGGCGUUCCAUCAGCAAGGAGAGAUGGGUGGAGACGCUGGUGGUGGCUGACACGAAGAUGGUGGAGUAUCACGGGAGUGAGAACGUGGAGUCGUAUAUCCUCACCAUCAUGAACAUGGUCACUGGGCUGUUCCAUAACCCUAGCAUUGGCAAUGCAAUUCACAUUGUUGUGGUCCGGCUCAUUCUCCUGGAAGAAGAAGAAGAAGGAUUGAAAAUAGUGCACGAUGCUGAGAAGACACUAACCAGUUUCUGCAAGUGGCAGAAAAGCAUCAAUACUAAGAGUGACAUCAGCCCUGUGCACCAUGAUGUGGCCGUCCUGCUUACCAGAAAAGACAUCUGUGUUGGUGCCAAUCAUCCCUGUGAAACUCUGGGUCUGUCCCACCUGUCGGGGAUGUGCCAGCCUCAUCGCAGCUGUAACAUCAAUGAAGACUCUGGACUGCCCCUGGCUUUCACCAUCGCCCAUGAACUUGGGCACAGCUUCGGCAUCCAGCAUGAUGGGAAAGAUAACGACUGUGAGCCUGUGGACAAACAUCCCUACAUCAUGACCCGCCAACUCCAGUACGAUUCUGCCCCUAUGAUCUGGUCCAGAUGCAGCAAGGAGUAUAUCACCCGCUUCUUGGACCGAGGCUGGGGAUUCUGUCUUGAUGAUGUCCCCCAAGGGAAGGGCUUGACAUCCAAUGUCAUUGCUCCCGGAGUGAUCUACGAUGUCCACCAUCAAUGUCAGCUGCAGUAUGGACCCAAUGCUACCUUCUGCCAGGAAGUAGAAAACGUUUGUCAGACGCUGUGGUGCUCAGUAAAGGGCUUUUGUCGCUCUAAGUUGGAUGCUGCUGCAGAUGGAACACAAUGUGGUGAGAAGAAGUGGUGUAUGGCUGGCAAGUGUAUCACUGUGGGGAAGAAACCGGAGAGCAUCCCUGGGGGCUGGGGUCGCUGGUCCUCCUGGUCCCACUGUUCCCGGACCUGUGGUGCUGGAGUACAGAGCUCCGAGAGGCUCUGCAACAAUCCUGAGCCCAAGUUUGGAGGGAAGUACUGUACUGGAGAAAGAAAACGCUAUCGCUUGUGUAAUGUUCAUCCUUGUGCCCAGGAAGGACCAACAUUCCGGCAGAUGCAAUGCAGUGAGUUUGACACUGUGCCCUACAAGAAUGAGCUCUAUCACUGGUACCCAGUUUUUAACUCAGAACAUCCUUGUGAGCUGUACUGCCGACCUAUAGAUGGCCAAUUUUCAGAGAAGAUGCUGGACGCGGUCAUUGAUGGUACUCCCUGUUUUGAAGGUGGCAAUAGCAGAAAUGUCUGUAUUAAUGGCAUAUGUAAGAUGGUUGGCUGUGACUAUGAGAUCGAUUCCGAUGCCACGGAGGAUCGCUGUGGUGUGUGCCUUGGAAAUGGCUCUGCGUGCCAGACUGUGAGGAAGACGUUUAAGCAGAAAGAAGGAUCUGGUUAUGUGGACGUUGGACUCAUCCCAAAAGGAGCAAGGGACAUUACGAUCAUGGAAAUGGAGGGAGCUGGAAACUUCCUGGCUAUCAGGAGUGAAGACCCUGAAAAAUAUUACCUGAACGGAGGAUUUCUGAUCCAGUGGAAUGGAAACUAUAAGCUGGCUGGGACUGUCUUUCAGUAUGACAGGAAAGGAGAACUCGAAAGACUGAUGGCAGCUGGUCCCACCAAUGAGUCGGUGUGGAUCCAGCUCCUGUUCCAGGUCACUAACCCUGGCAUUGAAUAUGAGUACACAAUCCGAAAGGAUGGCCUUGACAACGAUGUGGAGCACCUGACGUACUUCUGGCAGUUUGGCCCCUGGACAAAGUGCAGUGUGACCUGUGGGACAGGUAUCCGCCGUCAGAUGGCUCACUGCAUGAAGAAGGGCCAUGGAACGGUGAAAGCUACAUUCUGUGACCCGGAAACACAGCCCAGCAGGAGACAGAAGAAAUGCUAUGAACAGGACUGCCCACCCCGAUGGUGGGCAGGGGAGUGGGAAGCAUGUUCCACCACAUGUGGCCCAUAUGGAGUGAAGAAGCGAACCGUGUUGUGCAUCCAGACCAUGGGCUCUGAUGAACAGGCUCUCCCAGCGACUGACUGCCUGCACCUGCUGAAGCCCAGAUCCCUCAUUUCCUGUAACAGAGAUAUCCUGUGUCCAUCGGACUGGACGGUGGGCAACUGGAGUGAGUGUUCUGUUUCCUGUGGUGGUGGUGUACGUACUCGCAACAUUACAUGUACCAAGAAUCACGGUGAGCCCUGUGACAAGACAAGAAAACCCAACAGCCGAGCUCUGUGUGGACUUCAGCAAUGUCCAUCCAGUUGGAGAGUUCUGAGACCCAGCAAAGGCACAGUUUCCAAUGGGAAACAUCUCCCACCACCUCGGCAGGACCCCUUCAAGCCCAUUCUUCCACCUACACCCAGGCACAAGGUGCUGACCACGCCCACAGUGCCUGAAUCUAUGAGCAUGACUACUGCAGCAACAAACAGCCUUGGUCCUACUGAGGCUUCCAGAGAAGGAGACCUGGAUGGGAAGCAAUGGCAGAACAGUUCAAUACAGACUGAACUGAGCUCACAUUAUCUCAUUUCCCUCCAAAGCACUUUACAGCCCAUCUUCACUUCCCAGUCUUUGAACAUCCAGUUUAAUGAUGAGCAUGAUUCCAUUCCAGGUACCAAUCCUACUUCAGAGGGGCACCUUUUAGCUAUAACAACAAGCAGUUCUGACUUGUCAGCUUCCAGCAAUGCAGUGACUUGGCAGGUGACGCCAUUUUACAGUACUUUAACCAAAGACCCUGAAAUGGGGACUCAUAGCGGUUCAGGGGAAGAUGCGGAACAACCAGAGAACAAAGAUGAAAGCAGCCCUGUGCUGUGGACCAAGAUGAGAGUACCUGAAAAUAAUGUUCCAGUGGAAACAAUUACAGAAAUGCCACUGGCACUUCCACCAACACCUUAUCUCAGUGAAGAGUCCUUGUGGCCACCCUUACACACAGUGAUGGAGGGACUGAUACCCAGCCAAAGGCCCAGUCAUCUCAAAAGUGAUCCACCUAGGUCUGUCGACAUGGUUCCUGAAAAACCAGUUAGUACUUCUCUCCCUCUGGGAAAAGGCCAACAGCCAACACCCUCAGAAAAGCCAGUGAGCCACAACUACCAGGAACAUCCAAGCAACAGAAAUGUAACAUCAAGUUCUGCACCAGCGCUCACUGAGGAAGAUGCAACAAGUCUGAUUGCUGAGGGGUUUUUACUCAAUGCCUCCAAUUAUAAGCAGUUCAGAAAAGACCACAGCCCUGCACACUGGAUGGUUGGAAAUUGGAGUGAGUGCUCCACCACCUGUGGGCUGGGGGCUUACUGGAGAAGCGUGGAGUGCAGCACCCAGGUGGAGGCCGACUGUGCAGCCCUCCCGAAGCCUGACCCUGCCAAGAGAUGCCACCUCCGUCCCUGCGCCGGCUGGAAAGUAGGAAACUGGAGCAAGUGCUCCAGAAACUGCAGCGGGGGCUUCAAGAUCCGUGAGAUUCAGUGCAUGGACAGCUGGGACCAACGGAGCCUGAGGCCAUUUCAUUGCCAAUUCCUGGCCGGCAUCCCCCCUCCGCUGAGUAUGAGCUGUAACACAGAGCCCUGUGAGGAAUGGCAGGUGGAGCCCUGGAGCCAGUGUUCCAGGUCCUGUGGAGGUGGAGUCCAGGAGAGAGCAGUGUCUUGUCCUGGAGGCCACUGCGACUGGACCAAAAGGCCUGUAUCCAUGAGGACUUGCAAUGGGCACCUUUGCUGUCACUGGACCACUGGGAACUGGGGCCUGUGCACCACGUCCUGUGGGGGUGGCCUCCAGAAGAGGACUGUCCGUUGUGCCCCUUUGGCAAAUGUUACACUGGAAGACCAAGCCCAGUGCCUGUGUGAUCCUGAAUCCAGACCUCCACAAUCCCAAAACUGCAGCCCUCUACCCUGCAGGAGCGGGGCUGGUUUACUUUGCCCCAAGGAUAAACUGUCUGUCACUUUCUGCCAGACCCUGAGAGCCAUGAAGAAAUGCUCUGAGGCCACAGUGAGGGCCCAGUGCUGCCACACAUGUUCUCAAACGCACAUCGUGCGGACUCCAGGGCAGAGAAGACGGCAGUUGCUCAAGAACCCCGACGUGCUCUGAGUCCAGAAGGAAGCCACCCUCCACCAUGGACCAUGGCAGCCUGCUGACGGCAAUAUGUUAGAGUCCCAG